CGAUAACUGGAGGUGCAAAAGAAUAUAAUAUGAAACCAAGAUUAUUAAGAGCAUUUCGACAUGGUCUUCUUAAAGUUGCUCGAACAACUGGUGCAUGGAUAAUUACUGGUGGUAUGAAUACAGGUAUAAUGAAACUUGUUGGUGAAAUUGUUCAAAUAAAUCCAGAUCGAUCACGACCAAUUCCUUUGAUUGGUAUUGCUACUUGGGGUUGUGUAUCUGGUCGUGAACAUCUUGAUGUACGUGGUUCAAGUGUAUAUUAUGCUAAACCACGUAGUAAUAUAAGAGGUGAAGCACCACUUGAACCAAAUCAUACAAAAUUUAUUUUUAUUGAUGAUGGAACUGAAAGAAAAUAUGGUCGAGAAAUAGCAUUUCGUGCUCAACUUGAACAAGCUAUGUCUAGUGGAUUUUUUUCAUCAAAAACUACGACAAGUUCUUCAAAUCAAUCUGGAAAUAUAUCUGAAACAUCAUUUUUACAACCAGAAAAUUCACGUUCAUAUAAAAAAUGUUUUCUCUUAUUAGCUAAUAAUUAUUCUUUUUUGAUUUUUAAUGUAGAUCCAGUACCUGCUGUUCUUCUUGUUGUCGAAGGUGGUCCAAAUACAGUUCGAACAGUUCAUGAAGCUGUUGUUGAAAACAAUAUUCCAGCUGUUUUUCUCAAAGGAACAGGUCGUUGUUGUGAUUUAUUUGCUAAAGCAUUUCAUCUUUAUAAUGAAUAUCGAAGAAAUAUUGAAUCUGAUGAUGAAACAUCAAUAAAUAUUCAUCCAGAUACUUUAGCAAAGUAUAAUGAUGAAUUAAAACUAAAACUGCGUGAAGACCUUAAAGAUGAACUUCUAUCAAUUAAUGGUCCAGUCGAUAUACCUGUUACACCGGAUCAUCAUGGACAUCACACUGAUAAUAAGGAUAAUUUUGAAUUAGUUUAUGAAUGCAUUCAUACUCGAAGAAAUUUUUUGCAUAUAAUUAGUUUUAGUUCACGUCAUUUAGUUGAACCCGAUAUUGAUUUAGCUAUUUUACAAGCUCUAUUAAAGGCUACUUCUGAUAAAAAGGGAUGUGAAACAACUAUACAACGUAAACGUGAACAACUUCGUUUAGCAUUGGAAUGGAAUCGCGUAGAUAUAGCUAAAAAUUACAUUAUGAAAAAUGAAGCAGAUUGGAAUAUUUAUUUAAAUGAUUUAUUUUUAUUGGCACUUAAACGUAAUCAAGCAAAAUUUGUUGAAUUAUUUCUUUAUCAUGAUUUUCCAUUGUCUGAUUUAUUCAAUGAUAUUGGUACACUUAUUGAUCUUUAUACUUAUAGAAAAAACGAAAAUGAUAUUUUCAGUAAUAAUUCUAUUAAAGAUCCAUUACGAACCUUAUUUGAAAAAAAAAUACGACCAUUUAUGACAAAUUUUUUUGAUGUUAGUGCUGCAGUUUUGCGAAAAGAUUUUCCGCUAAAUUCUGCAUCUAAACAUAAAAAUGAUGCUGAAAAAAGUGGUUGUUGUGGAACAAGAUAUCGUAAUCAGUCUUUGGAUAGUACCUACGAUGAUAGUGAAAGAGCAGAAGAGUUAACAAUUACUGACAAUGUUUAUCUGGAUAUUGAUAGAGAACUUUUUCUUUGGUCGGUAAUAGAAAAUCGACAAGAUUUAGCAUUAUUAUUUUGGUCGCGUGGCACGAAUAAAAUUAGCGCUGCAUUAGUUGCGACAUUGAUAUAUAAACAUUACGCUCAUACAAAACAUGAUAAAAAUUAUCUUCAAUCGGCUGAUAAAUUUGAAGAUUUAGCUGUACAAAUACUUGAAAAACUUUAUGAAGCAAAUCCACAAGCAUGUUUAAAAGCAAUUAUACGACAAAUUCCAUCUUAUCGUAAUGCAACAUGGUUAGAAUUAGCUGUUGAAGCUAAAGCUAAAGAAUUUAUUUCUCAUCGAGCUGUACAAGAUCUAUUUAGUGAUAUUUGGUUUGGAUAUAUUAAAGAAUCAGUAUCUUAUGUAAAAAUCAUUUUUUCUACAUUUAUGUUAUGGUAUAGUGGUUUUCUUCCUUAUAAUGAAAAUUUAGUUACAGAAGAUGAUAAUACACCACUGAUUAAUUCAAGUAAAAAGUCAUUUUGUUUUGUAAGACAAACAUCAAAAGAACAGUGGGUAGGACAAAGGUUAUCAGAUAGAAAGCAAAAGAAUUUGAAAUUAAGAAAAAUUUCUGAAUAUUUUCGCCAUAUUAUUACGUUUAUACGUGCUCCAUAUGUUAAAUAUCUCUAUCAUUUAUACUCUCAUUUGAUUUUUUUAUUACUAUUCUCCUAUGUAAUUUUAUGUGAUUUUUUUCCACUCUAUGAUCUUCCAAUGAAUUCAUGUCUACCAUCUGACAAUUUAGCAAAAAAAGAUUGUUGCAAUGAUAAAGAUGAUAAUCUAUCAGUUACAAGUUACGUGUCGACUAUAAGUUCGUAUAAUGUUAGUAAAUCAGUUGCAUAUGGAUUACAACCACAUAAAACGCCAUCUUCUACUGAAAUUAUACUUGUCAUAUGGGUUAUUACAUUAGUUUGUGAAGAAUUUCGACAGUUAUUUGCAAUACAAACACCAUCAACACAAAAUGCUUUUACAAUUUAUUUUAAAUCAUAUUGGAAUCAAUUAGAUGUUGUAGCUAUAAUUCUAUUUUUCGUGGCUAUUGUACUUCGAUAUCUUCCAAUAUCAGAAUGCUUUUGUGCAGCACGAAUUAUUUUAUCAUUUGAUUUAUCUGUUUGGUUUAUACGUACAUUGGAAAUGUUUACUGCUGUAAAACUACUUGGACCUAAACUUGUUAUGAUUAGUGAAAUGGUACAUGAUUUGAAAUUUUUCAUGAUAAUGUUCUUUGUAUUUAUACUGGCAUUUGGUGUAUCAUUUUAUAGUUUAAUAUUUGGUGUUCAAGAAUUUACUUGGCAUUUACCACGUAAAAUUAUAAAUCUUGCUUAUUGGCAUAUAUUUGGUGAAAUACAAGAUUUAGAAGUAUUCGAAGAAAAUUUUAAAGCAAACGGUUAUGCAGCGUUUAUCUUAUUGCUUGGCUAUAUGACUAUUGUUAGUAUACUCUUAGUCAAUCUACUUAUUGCUAUGUUCAGUAAUACUUUCGAUCGUCUUCAAAACAAUGCAGAUCGUAUUUGGAAAUUUCAACGAUAUUCAUUAAUGUGUGAAUAUUUAUCACGUCCAUCAUUUCCACCACCUUUCAUUUUCUUGUCUCAUUGUGGACGAUUAACUUUGUAUACAUUAGCUAAAUGUUGUAAGUUAGAAUUCAUUCAAAAUAAAUAUCGACAACAUAUAAAUCGAACAAAAUAUAAACUAUCACUCGAUGACAAAAGUAUAACAAAACUUGAAACAACUGAAGAUGCAUAUGGUGAUGAAGUUUAUUAUAAUUAUUUAAAACAGGAAAGAAAACUACCUGAUGAACCUGAUCUAGAUGAAGAACGAGUUCAACAAUUACAGGAAAAUAUCUUAAAUAGAAUACAAAGACUUGAAAACCAUAUGCGACUAAUUAGUAAUCAACAAGCUAUUAUGUGCGAUUAUCUUGAAAACUUGAUGGGUGAUUCAAAAACUAACAAUGAUAAACGUAUCAAACUACCUGAACGACAUCUUUUAGAUCCUGAAUCACCAUUUGAGGAAAUGAACCAAAAUAUUAAUAAAACACAACAAAGGUAUCCAAAAGAAUCAUUGUCUGAUGAUGAUCAUAUUCAUUGA